AUGAAUGAAAGACUCGAUGAAGACAAAAAAGAAAAUAAAACGAUCAAAUUUACUUCGCUCAAUAGAGUAAUUGAUUCUAUUUUCUUACUUAAUAAACAAGUGAAUGAACAAAAUUCAGCAAUAGUAGUUAAAGCAAAAGAAAUUAAAGCUUCAGAACUCAAAGAUCCUCUAAAAUAUGUACCACCACGUCAAGGUAGCAGAGUAAAAAUUCAAAAAAAAGUUUAUAAUGCAUUGGAAGUUGCUUGUAAACCCAUUUCUGUAGACGAUAUCCAAAAAACUCAAAAGCACCUUGCUAUCUUAGAAAAAUUGGAUGCUUGCCCAUAUAUUAUUAAAUUUCAUGGGCUAUCGGAAAUUUCUACAGAAAAAGUAAUGGUUUUUGAAUGGGCAGAGCUUGGAACUUUAAAAAAUGUUUAUAAAAAUUAUAAGAUUGAUUGGGAGGCAAAGAUUUCUAUUGCAAGAGAUAUUUGUCGUGGUUUAGCUUUUUUGCAAUCAGUAAAGAUUUUGCACCAUGAUAUUCGAUGUGAAAACGUAUUAAUUAAUGAGAACAUACAACCAAAACUUACCAAUUUCAAAUUUGCCCGUGAAUUUCAUGCUAAUACUACUCAAAUUGAUGAUAUAAAUGCUCUGAUACAUUGGUUAGCACCGGAAAAAUUAAGUCAUAUUUCAGCAGAACAGGACAAAAAGCCUAAAAAAGCGGAUGAUUGCAGAUAUACCAUUCAAUGUGAAAUUUUUAGUUUUGGAAUGCUUCUUUGGGAACUUGCUUUUCAAAAAAUACCAUACGACGGUAUGAGUAUGUUGGAUGUACAAAAAUAUGUUCUAAAAGGCAAAAGAGAGACAUUGAAUUUCGGAUUAAGUCCUCAUCCAAUUCAAAGAGAAUUUGGUGAAAUUAUUAAACUUGCUUGGCAACAAGAUCCAUCAUUACGUCCAGGAAUCCAACUUCUCUUUAACAAGUUACAGGAGUCAUAUGAGAAAAAUGUAUUAUCAAACAAAGGUUCUCCAUUAAUACGUCCGUUAAAGGAAAAUACUACCGAAAUUACUACAGGAGAUGCGGAUUUAGAUAGUUUAUGUCUUUCGGAUUCUGAAGAUCAAAAUGAAUCAGUUAUACAAAUCGUUGUACCAUUAAUUCCAGUUAAGGAAGGUUUACAAGCUCAUAAAGAAGGCAAUCAUAAGAAAGCUUGGGAAUGCUUUGAAGCAAAUGCAAAU